AUGUCUUACGGUGGUGGCUACGGCUCCCGCGGUGGCGGUGGUGGUGGAUAUGGCGGUGGAGGCUACGACCGCAACGGUAGCGGCGGUGGUGGAGGUGGUGGUUAUUCUAACGGCUAUUCCGGAUCCAACGGUUACUCCGGCGGCGGCGGCGGCGGUUACGGUGGCGGUGGGGGUGGAUAUGGCGGCGGUGGCUACGGAGGCGGUGGGGGUGGUGGUGACCGCAUGUCCAACCUUGGCGCCGGUCUGCAGAAGCAGAACUGGGACAUGGACUCUCUCCCCAAGUUCGAGAAAUCGUUCUACGAGGAGCACCCCAAUGUUGCCAACCGUUCGCAGGCUGAAGUUGACAAGUUCCGCCGCGACCACUCCAUUACCGUCGCUGGUAGCAACGUUCCCAAGCCUGUCGAGACCUUCGACGAGGCCGGUUUCCCCCGCUAUGUGAUGGACGAGGUCAAGGCCCAGGGCUUCCCUGCGCCAACCGCCAUUCAAUCUCAGGGCUGGCCCAUGGCUCUUUCCGGACGCGACGUCGUUGGUAUUGCCGAGACCGGCUCCGGCAAGACUCUGACCUACUGCCUCCCUGCCAUCGUUCACAUCAACGCUCAGCCGCUUCUCGCGCAAGGCGACGGGCCCAUCGUGCUGGUCCUCGCUCCCACUCGUGAGCUGGCUGUGCAGAUUCAGCAGGAAAUCACCAAGUUCGGCAAGUCGUCCCGGAUCCGCAACACCUGUGUUUACGGCGGUGUACCCAAGGGUCCCCAGAUUCGCGAUCUCCAGCGCGGUGUUGAGGUGUGUAUCGCCACGCCCGGCCGCCUGAUCGAUAUGCUCGAGUCUGGCCGGACUAACCUCCGCCGUGUCACCUACCUGGUCCUGGACGAGGCCGACCGCAUGCUCGACAUGGGUUUCGAGCCUCAAAUCCGCAAGAUCAUUGGCCAGAUUCGCCCCGACCGUCAAACUUGCAUGUGGUCCGCCACUUGGCCCAAGGAGGUCCGCGCUCUGGCGUCCGACUUCCAGACCGAUUUCAUCCAGGUCAACAUUGGUUCCAUGGACUUGGCGGCGAACCACCGCAUCACCCAGAUUGUCGAGGUCGUCUCGGAGGGCGAGAAGCGCGACAAGAUGAUUAAGCACCUUGAGAAGGUCAUGGAGGACAAGGACAACCAGAACAAGAUCCUCAUCUUCACAGGCACCAAGCGUGUUGCGGACGAGAUCACUCGCUUCCUCCGCCAGGACGGCUGGCCCGCGCUUUCCAUCCACGGAGACAAGCAGCAAAACGAGCGUGAUUGGGUCUUGGACCAAUUCAAGACUGGCAAGAGCCCUAUCAUGGUUGCCACCGACGUCGCUUCGCGUGGUAUCGAUGUGCGCAACAUUACCCAUGUGCUCAACUAUGACUACCCCAAUAACUCGGAGGAUUACAUCCACCGCAUUGGUAGAACUGGCCGUGCCGGCGCGAAGGGCACAGCCAUCACCUUCUUUACCACUGACAAUGCCAAGCAGGCUCGGGACCUGGUGGGUGUUCUCCAGGAGGCCAAGCAGCACAUUGACCCUCGCCUUGCCGAGAUGGUUCGCUAUGGUGGUGGAGGUGGUGGUGGCGGCCGAUAUGGCGGCUACCGUGGCCGCGGCGGUGGUGGUUUCCGUGGCGGCCGUUCUCAAGGCGCUAACGGGCCCAACGCCAUGCCUAUCGGCAACCGUCGGUGGUAA